CCUUUUUCAUUCCCCCAUGUGUUUUCUGGGGGUCUUACAUAAAUAAGAGGAAGAGAGAUUUGACUUGCUCGUUGCUGAAAAAAAAAAACCCAUUGGAUUUCAAGUCAAAAGUCUAAGUUUCAGUCCUGUCAAUAACACCUUAGACAGUUCUUGUUGUAUUAUUCUUUGAGUCCUUUGAAAAAUUAUACAGAUGUUAAGAAUUGUUGGUACUAACAUUACCAUUUAAAAAAAUUUUCCAGAUGAAUUGCUACAAAGAUGUGAAAGGCACCAUCUAUGAUUAUGAUGCCCUCACUCUUAAUGGAAAGGAACACAUCCAGUUCAAGAAGUAUGCAGGCAAGCAUGUCCUUUUUGUCAACGUGGCCACCUAUUGUGGUCUGACAGCUCAAUAUCCUGGUAUGUCCGUCCAGGGGGUGGAUAUAUACCUAAUUUCCAGCUUUUUGAAAAAGGAGAUGUGAAUGGUGAGGAAGAACAGAAAAUCUUCACCUUCUUGAAGGUGAGUGAAUUACUGACAUAAGCCCCCUCUUGCUUCCCUAAUAUUCCUAGCAUUGGGUUGGUGUGGUAGAAAUGGACCUAAGGGCCCAUUCCUAAAGGUGGGAUUGGAUGCUUUGGAGAACAGCUUCAGAUCAGCACAGGGAUUUGGGUUUCAUUUGUUAGUAUUUUGAGGGCUUUGGCUUCAUGCGGUGAAGAGAGUUGUUGUAGAGUGGUAGCUUUUUACUGUGAUCAACCUCUUGCUCGUUGAUACUCAUUAAUUUGUUUUGAUUAUUGACAUUCAUUAAUUCAUCUUUCUCAUUGACAUUCAUUAAUUCAUUCAGGAUACGUUAUGGAUUGCCUGCUAUCUACAAGGCAGUUUGCUAAAUAAUAAGAAUAAGAAUUGUAAGAAUAAAUAAUACGAGUAAGACAUAGUUCGUACCCUUGGCAAGUUCGUACUGGAAAGGGAGACAUAGAAAUCAACAGGUAUAAUACAAUGUAGUAAGUGCUUUGUAUGAAACACCAACUUUUAAGUAUAGAAAAUGCCAGAGCUGAAAAGGCACCAAAAGGUCACCCAAGUGAAUUAUUCAUAAAUGCUGAAUUCUAGGCCAAGACUGGUUCACGUAGAGAUUUUCAUAUAUUCUCUUUAAGUUGAGGAAAACAGGACAAUGUACGGAGAGUUUCGGAAACUCAACUUGUCUAACUUACAGGACUGCCUUUUAUUCUAAGAUUAUGACCCACACACAAUUUAUUCCACAAUGAUCUUUUUUAAAUGAAACAAUGAAAUGAUGCUUUAAAUUUUAUUUGACAAAACAAAAUAUUGGUAACUCUAUGUUGGUUCCAAAAGAUAUUUAUUGAAACGCUCCUGGCCCAUGGAUCCCGAGGACCUGGAAAACCACACUCAAAUCCAAGCUAUUCAUUUUUCAAAUAAGGAAGUAAAAAGUGGGAAUAUGGGUGACAUAGCUUGGUGGUGUAGUGGUUAAGUGCUACAGCUGCUAACCAAAAUGUCAGCAGUUCGAUUCCACCAGGUGCUCCUUGAAAACUCUAUGGGGCAGUUCUACUCAGUCCUAUAGGGUCACUGUGAGUUACAAUUGACUCAACGGCAACAGAUUUGUUUUUUUUGGUUUAGCUUACCCAUAGCACCAUGUGAUGGGGGCAAGGAGAGAAACAGAGAGAAGGAAUAGAUUUUUGCUAUAAUAUCUACUGUGGGAUCCUUGUUUAUUGGAAUGGUGUUGAUUCAGAGAACUUAUGGAUAUUUUUUAAUGAAUUAAAGUAUCUAGGGAUAAGAGGGAGUGGAUUAUCUGUGGGUGAGAAUAACCUUUUUCCAUUUCUUUGCUUUAGCACUCCUGUCCUCACCCCUCUGACAUUUUGGGUUCAUCCAGAUAUAUCUUCUGGGAACCUAUGAAGGUCCAUGACAUCCGCUGGAAUUUUGAGAAGUUCCUGGUAGGAUCUGAUGGAAUCCCUGUCAUGCGUUGGUCCCACCGGGCACCAGUCAGCACAGUCAAGGCAGACAUUCUGGAGUACCUGAAGCAAUUGAAAACGAAAUAGGAAGUCCCAGAAUCAGGGAAAGGAUCCAUCAACCUAAAGAUCUGUUCAAGAAAUAUCCAUCUUCUCAUCACACUCUCUUUCUAAAUGGCCUCCACUUGACUAAAUCGCCUCUAUACUGUCCACAUUUUCCAAACUGCACAAAGUAGGUUUAUAUUCUGAUGAUUACUGCUAUUUCUCCACCCAAGAAUAUAUAGGCAAAGAAAAAAAAACAAUGGGAACCCUGAAUCCUCAGACCUCUGCUAGAAAUUUAAAAAUUUAUGUCCAUUAAAGGAAAAUUAUCCUUCCUUGAGGAUGGUUCAGACUGCCUCAGUAUCCUGAAGAGGAAUGUCCCUAGACUCUGACUCCCUGUUCUUUCUCUACCCACAAGAUGUAGGAAUAGCAAUGAGGUGACAGUCACACUGUCAAAAUUCCACAUCAUAAAGUUUUUUCUCCCCUAGGACAAACAUGUAUCAACCCAUUUUGGUUUAGUCUUUAUCCAUGGACUCCUCCCCCUUCCCCUCACCCCAUCCAACACCUGUCAUUCUCCUGUAGGAAGCCUUAAGUUACAGUGGGAACAGGAACCUACAGGAUAGCAGGACCCAUAGCAUCUCUCUGAAUUGAACCCUACAAGAGCUUUCUUUAGUGUAUAAUACUUAGUUCAUUCAGGUCAUGACACCUGAGCAGAAAUGCCUUCCACACUUGGAAGGAUGUGCUUUCCCUCUCAACU